AUGCGAAUGCAAUCUUUGUUGCUGGGCGAUGUCAUGAUGCUGUCGACUCUUACAGAUGACGCCGCGGAGAGCCCUCUCGAGGGGGCGAGAAGCCAGCUGGUGAUGAGCGGCAGAGUAUGGUUCAGAGCGCACAGUAGUUGGCGGAAGGCCAGACGCCGGGUUGGCUACUUUGAGCAUUAUCGUCGUGCUAUAGGUGGCAUCCAGAAACAGAAAGUGUACAAGAUGAGCUUUCGAUGGCUUCAAGCCAUAGCAGAUCCCAUCGCACUUAUCACGAGGAAUAUCAUCCUGUCCCGACAGUGCGUGAUUGAGAUGGUAGGUACAGGUACCUUCAUGUACAUUCAAUGGGGCUUGGUGGCCUCAGGCCAGAAUGAGUAA